UGGACGAUGCAGGACGUUGCGUGUACCAACUGCCGAUCCCGCAAAGUCCGGUGCGACCGGGAGCGGCCACAAUGCGGCUCCUGUGCCCGAGACAAGGUCGAGUGCACCUACUCGUCUCCGACCAAGCGAGUAAACCACGUGAAAGUGCUUGCCCAGGGUUUCGACGACAUCCAGAAUCGCUUAAUCCAUGUUCAAGAAGAGCUCAGGUCACUGACGAGGAUGUUCCAAGCGAGUGGGAUCGCCGACGGGUUCCCGCUUCGCCCGGGAGUAAUGCAUCCCGAUGGGCCUCCGAUGUAUGAUGCCUUUGGCGGGGGCGGUUAUUAUUAUCCUGCAGCUCCUGCAGAUGGCCAUGUCGUCCGGGAUGACAGCACGUUGGUCGAGAAGUACCACGGCCCAUGGACGCUGCCGGCCCUGUGCCGCGGCCUUGGGACGGACGUGGCUCCCGUCUUUGGGAGUGACGGCGGCCACGACAGGCUGUUAGAGGAGAUGUGGCGUCACGCCUUGGGUGACGGGCAGUGUCGGCUCACUACCACGGAGGACAAGACGGGCCGAGAUGCCGUCGGACUCCCGCCGCGGCAGUUCCUCACCGUGGUGCUGGAUAGCUUCUUCGGCCGCAACGACCACACCACGGAUAUCUUCGUGCCGUCGGCCUUCUACAGCGCCAUCGACCAGACCUAUGCCGAACCUUCCAGCCCGGCGUCGGAGGCGUGGGCGGUAUGCUUCAACCUCGUCAUCUUGCUCGUCAUUGGCGCAGAGCAAGGUACUACUAGUACUACUAGUAGUACUAGUACUAGUAGUACCGGCCGGCAGGAUCCUUUUAUCCAACCCCUGAUCCGCGCUGCACAGGUGGCCGCUAGCAACCAUGCCAUUUUCCUAUCGCCGAGGCUGGUAAACGUCCAGGUGCUAGCUCUUGUUAGCCUUCUGAGCCAGCAAUCCUACAGCGAGACGCUUGGUGACGCCUUGUUCGCUCAGGCAUGCAUGUUGGCCAAGUCGAUGGGCCUGGAGAGAGCAGCUUCCGGUGUCCUAUCGUCACCUCUCUCGCCCGAAGAGGUAGAGGAGCGGCGCAAGGUGUUUCGAUCCUUAUAUAUCCGCGAUCAGUGUUCUUCCAUAACAAGGGGGACGCCUACCUGGCUUCCCAAUCCGCACCCGGAGAUCCCCUCGGUUGGGACACAAGAAGUUAGCCAAUCCAAGUGGAACGAAGCGGCCUGGGUCGAGCUAGCCAACUUACAGACGACGUUGCUACAUAUUCUCCCCGCUCCGGAGAAUCAUGCCGUAGGAUAUGCGCCAGCGCGGAAGACGUCGUUGGACAAGCACAUGCAGAGUCUGGAGGCGUGGUCGCACAAGUACGGCGUGCUGGCGGCGUCCGCCAUGCCCACCACGGCAGAGGACUUCUCAAUCCACCUGGCAUUCCUCGGGACGCGCAUGAGGGUUUCGGGCGUACACAGACAUGCAGACGCGGAAGGGAAUGCCGCCACGCAAGCGCUCCAUGACGCGCGCCUGAGUUGCCUUCUAUUCUUGGUCGCGUGCGAUGGCCGAAGGAACAAGCAUCUGGUGGCAUGGCUGGAGCGACUGCUUGGUGUACGGUCCUCUAGGUCUGCUGCCGGCGCCGAGACAGCGAACAAGUCC